AUGGCAGGAACAGGAGUUCCGCCAAUCAACAUCGAGGGCACCGCUGAGUGGUCAUCCUUGAGUAGGAUGAUGAACAGCAAGGGGAUUCAAUUCUCCAAAGCGAGGACGGCGGGUACCAGUGUGAAGGUAUUCACAAAUACACCAGCUGACUACCGUCAGCUAGUCGCACUGCUUGAAUCCAUCAAGCGGCCCUUCUUCACAUAUCAACUGAAGGAGGACAGGAUGGACCAGAGGGUCAUUCGUGGGCUUCCGAGAGAGAUGUCAGUCAAUGACAUCAAAGAGGAUCUGGUGAGCCAAGGCAUCGCAGACGCCGUGGUUCAGCAGCUGACCUCAAGGACCACAAAGAAGCCACUUCCGCUCUUCCUCGUCAAGACGAAGAUGCCGGAAAAGCUUGCAGAGAUCCAGAGGCUGGCCAUGCUCACGGUCAGCUUCGAGAGAAGAAAAAGUCUUCCGAGCCCAGCCAGUGCUACCGCUGCCAGCGGUACGGGCACACACAGCGGAACUGCCGUCUCGCUGAACGGUGCGUUAAAUGUGGAGAGGACCAAAACAGCACAAGCUGCAGUCUGCCAGCGCCCGCCAACAGGGCAACGAAACGCCAAGUGUUGCCUCUGUGGAGAAGGCCACCCCGCCAACUACAAGGGAUGUAGUAAGGCGCCGAAGAAAGCUGCUUCUGCCCCCAAAGCAGUCCCCACCACAAAUAGGACUUCUUACGCCCAAAAAGUGAAGAAGCCUAUGUCCACUUCUGCCCCAGCAGCCGCCACUGCUACUGGAACUACUGCGCAGAAGCAACACGGCGAUGACAGACUGCUAGCAAUGAUGCAAGCCAUAAUAACCCGCCUGAUGCACUCGAGGCCAAGAUGCAAGACAAGCACUAGACCCGAAAUGUCUACAGGUCAAAACGUAGAAUCCUUCGCAUUAUCUCCUGGAACAUCAACGGUUUCAGGGCACGGAAACCAGAAAUCCAGGAGAUACUAG